AUAGGAUUGGAGGAGUAGCUGUAUAAAUCAUCCUACAUAAUUGCAAUACUUUGCACGAAGGUCAUUUCCCGCUCAAGCGCCUAAGCCAUAUUGGUCGCACGAUAUUUUUAUUUCAAUCGUACGGCUCAUGUUUUUUCCUUUCUUUGCUAAUUGCAGAAGACCUCCAUCUCAGAUGUCGCUCAUAUCAUCAUUUCUCUUCUUCAUCCCAAUUUACGUAGCCAAGAAGAACUCUCAUUCUCAUACUUCUUCAGAUCCCCUUUCACCUCCCCGAGUUCAGACGCUUUCAUAUAAAACUUCAGAUCGGAAUUUGUUCGUAUCAGACAAAUUUGAAGGCUUUGAAGGCAUAGAUACAGAAAAGCAGGAAAGUCCGAUGAUGGAAAUAACGCUGGGGAAUUUGCAAAUAAAUGCCGCUGCUGGAACAAAGUUUUUUAUUUUGGAUUGAGUGUUGUUUCCCAGUGAAGGCAAUUUUAGCGCCCACCAUUGAUGAACACGACAAGGUCAACUAUUACAUGUUAGGGUUGACUCCUUACAUGUUGGGGUUGACUCCUGGUGAGAUAAAGACAUACUUAAGUUCAGACUCUGUAUCUUCUUCUAACUCAAAAAAUGCACUCCUCCAAGGGAUCCGUUCUCUAGAAUUUCUCAAUAGCACUAAAUGUUCUGGUGUGCCAAGACACGAGCUGAAACCUAAAGUGGGUGCAGUUAUGCUGCUAAUGAGGAAUAUCAAUCAUUCCUCUGAAUUGUGUAAUGACACUCGCAUUAUCGUCACUAAAUUCGGAACCCGUAUUCUCGACGCUCAGAUGAUGCUUGGAACAAAUGCAAGACAAAAGUUUCUUAUUCUAAAUCUUAGAUUGACUCCAUCUAACCUAAAGCUACCAUUCACAUAUAGAGUAGACCAUUCCUUUUGAUACUUAUUUACACGAUGAUCAU